AUGAUAGCUGAAGAGAUGGAGAAAAAACGUACGGUGGAGAAGGAGGUUAUUGGGGAGACAGAACGUACGGUGGAGAAGGAGGUUAUUGGGGAGACAGAACGUACGGUGGAGAAGGAGGUUAUUGGGGAGACAGAACGUACGGUGGAGAAGGAGGUUAUUGGGGAGACAGAACGUACGGUGGAGAAGGAGGUUAUUGGGGAGACAGAACGUACGGUGGAGAAGGAGGUUAUUGGGGAGACAGAACGUACGGUGGAGAAGGAGGUUAUUGGGGAGACAGAACGUACGGUGGAGAAGGAGGUUAUUGGGGAGACAGAACGUACGGUGGAGAAGGAGGUUAUUGGGGAGACAGAACGUACGGUGGAGAAGGAGGUUAUUGGGGAGACAGAACGUACGGUGGAGAAGGAGGUUAUUGGGGAGACAGAACGUACGGUGGAGAAGGAGGUUAUUGGGGAGACAGAACGUACGGUGGAGAAGGAGGUUAUUGGGGAGACAGAACAACGUACGGUGGAGAAGGAGGUUAUUGGGGAGACAGAACGUACGGUGGAGAAGGAGGUUAUUGGGGAGACAGAACGUACGGUGGAGAAGGAGGUUAUUAGGGAGACAGAAACGGUGGAGAAGGAGGUUAUUGGGGAGACAGAACGUACGGUGGAGAAGGAGGUUAUUGGGGAGACAGAACGUACGGUGGAGAAGGAGGUUAUUGGGGAGACAGAACGUACGGUGGAGAAGGAGGUUAUUGGGGAGACAGAACGUACGGUGGAGAAGGAGGUUAUUGGGGAGACAGAACGUACGGUGGAGAAGGAGGUUAUUGGGGAGACAGAACGUACGGUGGAGAAGGAGGUUAUUGGGGAGACAGAACGUACGGUGGAGAAGGAGGUUUAA